AUGUCUUCCUCCUCCUCCGGCGGCGGCCGACGGCGGAGGCCUCGAGGGGAUUUUGACACUCCUUCUUCUUCCCGCCGCCGCGCCGCCAAUGGGGUUUGGCCGGAGCCAUUUAUAGAAGCACUUGCUACUCAAGUUGCCAUUGAUGCCUCUCGCUCCCUCGGCAGAAUCCACGCCGCCGCCGCUCUUUCUAAUGUCUUCCAGGUUUGCUCCAUGUGGCGUGCUGUGUCUCGGUCGGAGCUGUUGUGGCGUCGUUUGACUACUCAGAUUUGGGGUCGGAGCUUUCGUCUGCUCGACACGUGGCGUGAUGAAUACGUCUAUUGGCAUACUACGGCGUGUAACUUUUGGAGACGUAGAUAUCUUCAUACGAUCCUCCAAUUCGAUCAAUCUGAUGUGGAUGAGCCUGCUGGUUUGAUGUGUCGUUGUCUUGCCCUCUCGUUGCAUUACCUGGCAUGUGGAUUUGCUGACGGUACUGUUCGCCUUUUCGACCUUACCACGCGUCUCCAUGUCGCGACGUUUCAUCCUCACCAUCGUGAUCGUCUUGGCUUAUUCUCGCGUGCUGUCUCUGGCAUUGUCAUCACCGAUGCGUGCCUCGUGUUUGCCAGCGUGGAUGGUGAUGUCCAUGUUGGAAUCAUAGCUGCAGCCAUGAAUGGUGUAUCACCGACACGUCGGGUAUGCGAAGGGAAUGUGAUGAACGACGGUGUGUUGGUGGAUUUCGCUGGAUGUGACCGGUGGUGGGUUGGUCUUUACGCAGGCGUACCUGGUCGGACGUUCCACGUAUGGGAUGGAAACACGGAGGAGCUCGUGUUUGUUGGCGGGUCACUGACGGACCCAGAAGCUGUGACAGGAUGGCACAUGCUGACAGAGCCAACCGAGCCAGUGGGUCGAGUACGCGUGUCGAACCAGGAAUCGGCAGUGGCGUGCACUAGGCUACAGCUAAUGGUACUAGACUUGAGAGAUCAAGAAGUGGUAUUAAACGAGGAAAAUGGGGAGGUGAGGAUAGUAACGUCGAUGGAUGUGAGCAACGAGAGGUACAUUGUGGUGGACGGAGAAGGGGUGGGAAUAGUAAGAAGAGUGGACACAAUGGAGGAAGUUUGUAGGUUCUUAGUGAGCGGGGCGGGUCAGAGAGGGGCCAUGGGAUGCAUCAACAUGGGUUAUGCAGUGAUGAACUCGAGCGGGGCGAUGAAAGUUUGGGAAAUCGAGCAUGGACAGUUUCUGUACAGGUUUAGGGAGAGGGUCGGGGCAGCCACGGCCAUGGUCGCCAACGACCGGUACGUGGCGGCGUCGGGGUUCGACAGAAGGUUACAUUUGUGGGAUUUUGGUGCAUAACUUAACAAUGGUAGCAGGAGAAGUAUAUUGGGAGGUCUUUUUUGGGGGGUUUGUGUACAGUAUGGAGGAAGAAGGAGUUGGGAUUUGUAGCAGUGGGUGGGUGGGAGUGUUGUGAUGUUCUUCCUUUUUUGUUGGGGUUUAGGAGAAGGGGAGAGUUUAUGGGCGAUUUAGAUUAUUAU